CAGCCCAGCCUGUUUUCUGUGCAUUAGCAGUAGAGGCAACACAGGAUACACACUCACACUCACGCAUACAAUCAUAGCUACUCACACACUCAAUCAUAUCUCAGACUGGAGUCAGGGUGAGGAAACAGAAUGUCAGGGAAGGAAGCGCUGAAGCCAGUGGGAAAGCAGAAUUUGCCUCAAGUCUACAGAGCUCUUUUCUGACCCACUCUGAGCGGUCUGAGGGAGACGUUUAGAUUCAUUACAGCAGGCACAGAUCUGAUGAGCUGAUGAUUUAUUUAUUUAUUUGAUUUGAUUUUGGGAAAUAGACCAGAAAAACAAAGGGAGAAGAUUUUAGAUUUUGUUAAGUAGUAGAAACUCAAUUUUACUCAGGAUCUGGAUUUUCAAACGGAAAAGACACACAUCAGGAGGAAUUUCGCGAAAAUUCUCUUCGUCUCCGACCACUCACCCAUCUUCAGGUCCUUCAGAGUCCCAUCAUCUGCUGCCACCAUCGAACUGCAAGAGGACACAUCAUCAAGUUUACCACACAUUUAGAACACAAAGAAGAUGAGUCUGUCUCGGAACGGGACACUGGAGAAGAUGGUAUCUGAGCAGGCCAACUCUGAGCCGCGCUCCCCCUCCAGAGCGGGGUCAGGUGUUGUGGUGCCGCCUCCAUACUCGCUGGGCGGCAGCGAGGCUGCUGAAAUCCCCCUGGAAUUGCGGGGCUCUCUGGACUGCUGGGCGUGCUCCGUGCUGGUCACCGCCCAGAAUCUGAUCAUCGCACUGAUCAACGCGGUGGUGGCCUGCAUCGUGUUCGGCACCAUCCUCACCCCUGCCCUUGCUAUGAUCAUAUUCGGCUUCCUCUGCCACUCCUCGGUGCAGCCCCAUGGAACCUCUCUGUAUUGCUCAGACAUACUGGAUGACAACGGCUGCGUGGCUCUACUUGUUGUGGGUUUUCUGCUGCUAACCCCUCUGCUGGUCCUGGCGCUUGCUGCCUACUGUCGCCUGGCCCGACACCUCCAGCUGGGCAUGUGUUUCAUUCCCUACAGCCGUGCCGUCUACAAGAACCUGCCUGCCUCACGCCAGCGGGGGUCUGGGGCGGGAGGCUGCUGUGGCCAGCAGGGAGCUUCAGAAAGGGAGGGGAAGGGUAGUGUAUGGGUGUAGGAGAGGAGAGGAGAGGAGGAUUGUAUAUGAUUGUAAGAUUUAUCCCUGUUUAAUGACUAGAGUUGCGUUGUCUGAGUCUGGCUCUAUUUUUUUUUUAAAGCAAAUUGCCAUUGUAUUUCUAUUUUUACAGCCACUGUAAAAAUCCAUAAUAUUUCAUCAUUUAUAUUCAUUGUUUGGAAGUCAAUAUUGCCUUUUUAUACUAUUCCACAUGUAUUUUUAUACCUUUUUACAUUAAAAUGUCAC